AGCGGAACGGCGGGGGAGGAGCGGUUUGCUUGACGUGGACGUUCAUUUCCGUAAAGAGAUGAUGGAGCAGUAGCGGCGUGCCAAAUCUAAGCGAUCCCCGCAUUAACCUUAAAUCGAGACGGGAUUUGGCCGUCAAUCCCUCGGUCGCGUUUGGGUUCACGGAAGUCACACUCGGACUGAUCCCAUUCUGCUCCCGCCUCGCCCCACCCAUCGCCUCCUCCUCCCCCCAGCUCAGCAACAAUCAUGAUAAAAGCCAUUUUAAUAUUCAAUAACCACGGCAAGCCGAGGCUGUCCAAAUUCUACGAACAUUAUACUGAAGACACCGAGCAACAAAUUAUCAGGGAAACCUUCCACUUGGUCUCCAAACGAGAUGAGAAUGUCUGCAAUUUUCUGGAAGGUGGAAUGUUGAUCGGGGGAUCCGACUACAAGCUGAUCUACAGACACUAUGCCACGUUGUACUUUGUGUUCUGCGUGGACUCAUCAGAAAGUGAACUAGGAAUUUUAGACCUAAUACAGGUAUUUGUGGAAACGUUGGACAAAUGCUUUGAGAAUGUCUGCGAACUUGACCUCAUUUUCCAUGUAGACAAGGUCCAUAACAUUCUGGCAGAGAUGGUGAUGGGCGGGAUGGUGCUAGAGACCAACAUGAACGAGAUAAUCACACAGGUGGACGCCCAGAACAAGAUGGAGAAGUCCGAGGCUGGUAUUGCGGGAGCUCCCGCUCGUGCUGUAUCAGCGGUAAAGAACAUGAACCUUCCGGAAAUGCCCAGAAAUAUCAACAUUGGCGACAUCAGCAUCAAAGUUCCAAAUUUGCCCUCCUUCAAAUAGCGGCACGCAGAUGACCCGUUGCCCAGAGAUGUCACCCAAUGUUUAAAAGUGAUGCAAUCUGUUUACCAAAACCCCUUACUAACUCGUUUUAUCCAAUCAUGGAAGUACUGUGUGAUUUUAAAAAAGUAUAUUUGUCAACUUUGUUUUUCUUAGAAAAAAAAGUUUUAUGCGAUUUUGUGUUUUGUUGGAAAAAAUGUUUUAUGCAUUUUCUGUUUUAAUUGAAAAUCAAAAUAAAGUAUUUAUUUGUCCAUGGUACAUUCCUACUCGCCUCAUGACGUUUGGCUGCUAAAGCCAUCUCAGUUCAACUAAAGUCAUUUUACCAACUUGAGUGUUUACUGAGAAGAAAUGAAGAUUGAUAUAAGUGAUUUAAGUGUUUAAAUUGCUCAUUCCAGAAAAACAUAACUGAAUGGGAACAGUCAGGAUCAAUACAGUGUUGGAAAAUUCAUACUUUGUCGUGCGUGUGAAACCAAAGGACACUUUGAAGAAUUCAUUGAUAAUGCUGAUAUGCUGUCUUAAUGAAUUAUGAAACUAUAUCCUGAAUUUAUAUUUGUACCCGUUGAAAUUAUUCGUUUUCUCUUAAUUUUUUUUAAAUUUUACUCAUGGAUUUUGCUUGCCUCUCCUUUUACUACACAAUAAACAGUUGAAACCGA